AUGAAGAAAAUAGGGACUAAAAUCCUUCUACUUGCUUUGGCAACUGUUACGAGUCUACAACUUACAUUUUUUGUGAUCCAUUUCUUCUUCAGUUGGUCGCACGAGUCUGCUACAACGCCAGCUUUAAAGUCGGGUCCAUUUCAUGCCGCUGAGCUCCAGAAAAAGGAUCAGCAAUUGGAAAACGAAAAACAGGAACCAAUUACCGAACUUCUCUCUCUCUACCUUGGUGAUCUUUCAACUUUGCAAUUCGCACAUAGAACAUCUCUAAUAACUAAGAGAAUUUGUACACAUCACUACGAGCUUCUUAUUCUUGUAUCAUCCGCUCCAGCUAAUGCGGAAAGAAGGAAUAAUAUUCGUCUGACAUGGGCCUUCCGACGAGCUCUCAAACCGCGAUGGACAACAGUUUUUCUUGUCGCUCAAGAAAAAACUAAGCCUCUGUCAAAUUUUUUAUUAAGGGAAGAUGAAGUUUAUGGAGACCUUAUACGAGCUGACUACUUUGACCAAUACUGGAAUCAGACCAGAAAGAUACAAAUGGGGUUCGAAUGGGCAAUAAGGUAUUGCAGGUUCUCUUUUCUUUUAAAAACAGACGAUGACGUCUUCGUGAAUACUGCUGCUGUUUUCUCCUUCUUGAAUGAGCCCAUAAUUCCAAACGUAAUGUUAUAUGCCGGCAUGCAGUACAAAAACCCUUGGAUUCUCAGGAGUGGUAAAUGGAAAGUAAGUCGGGAAGAAUUAGCAGGAGUACAUUAUCCUGAUUUUUGCGCAGGUUUUGGAUACAUUUUAUCCCGCGAUGUUGUUGCUUCGUUCGUCGACGCUUUUUCCAUAGUACCCUUCUUCAGACUGGACGAUGUCUACGUUGGUAUGUUGGCGAACAAGACUGGAAUAAAAAUUGUACACGUUGAUGGUUUUGAAUUGGGCGCGCCGAGGCCGGAAUUGCAGUGUAUUCCAAGUACCAAUGUUAAGACGCUAGUACGACAUGGUGUAAAGGGAAAUUGUCUUAUCGAACUGUACAAUCGAGCCGUCCUAUCACGUAGAGACAUUGAUCGCACGGAUGGAUUUAGUCAUACUUAAGAAACAAAUCUUAUCCUGUACAGCCAGAAAAAAACGUGAGGUGCCCUUGACUCGAUGUGUUUUUGAUGCUGUAUACGUGUCUGUAUUUUAGCAAAUAGUAAUGAAGCUGAAAACAGCUGUUACUGUUUAAAAAUUAAUUCGUUUA